UAAUUCACUAUAAAACUGAGAAUUGUAGAGAGGACGGAUUAUUCGUUUUGUUUCUGAGUUAUAGUUAAACGUAUAGUAGAUAAACUACAAACAUAAUGUAUUUCAAACUUACUUUUUUCUUAGUAGCUUCUGUUUUGAUUGCCAAAGUAGUGGGACCGGAAACAGUCAAAAUGGAGGACUUCGACGUAACGGAUUUGACAAUUCCAACCGAGAAGCUUGAGAACGAGCUUAUGCGUAGAAUUUUUGUAAGCAUUUUAAGCGAAAAUAAACUACCAUAUAAUAAGUACAGUACUAUUAGUGUGAACAUGUUUCGUGAAUACUUGAAAGAUUCUGAAAUGAGCGAUCGUGUAUUAAACAUUUUCCGUGCGAGCGGAUCCCUUAAUAAUGUAACUGGCCAAAUAACACUUGAAGAAUUUAUGCAUUUAAUAAGAAGUGCAACAGAACUUUCUCGAUUUAAUACAAUAAAUGAAUUUACCAAACCAUUGAAGCUAAAUGUUGGAACACCGAAGGAGUAAUAAUUAUAAAUUAGUCUGCUGCUUGCAACGUUUAUAAAUGUUACAUUCAAACCUUCAACGGAAUAUAA